AUGACUGUUAUUGUUGCAUUGGCAGAAGCUCGCUUCGGUCAAGAACAAGUCCCAAUAUCAGCCAUAGGACAAGUCCAAGGCGGGGAGCCUGGUGUAGCACAAACUAUCGCUGGUGCAGCUAUCAGUGAUCUACUUGCUGGCACUAAUGCUUGUGAUAAGUUGUCACGAGCCGACCAGAUCAUCGCCGAGCUUGGUGAUGGCGCAGAUGCUCUAGCCGCUGCCAUCGGAAUGGUAGCAGCUGAGAAGAAUGUCAAUCCCUUCAACUCGCAAACGCCUGUAGUAUGCAGUGACCCUAGCCUUCCUUCCACAGAAGCAUUACGAGGUAUCACGCCACUUGUUGACCCAGACUUCGCGGAUGCAGAUAUUGCAAACUCGCUCAGUUCUCAGACUGUCACUACUCCGCUGGAUGCGACCAACAAGAGCAUACUGGAUCUUAUGCAAGAGGCCGGUGUAGCCAAUGUUGCGGGUCAAGCUCCUGGCGGUGCAGUUGGAGCUGUUAACCCCGGAGCAGCAACUGGUAAUGCGGACUCAGGUAUGGUGGACCAAGAUGCUGGAGCUGUAGAUGCUGGUAAUGCAACCGCUGUUGCUCCCAUAGCUGCCUGUAACGGUACGGCUGUUAUUGGAAGCAACCAAACAGCCAGCAACGUAACGAACCCUCCAGUGGAUGCCGGUGCUGACACAGGGGCUAAUGGCACCGACCCUGCAUCUGACGCGGCAACGUCUCUCGACGGCGCCGAUUUUGGUCUCUGUACUCCCACCAUGACUUUCGAAGGCGGACGUGCGAAUCGCGCAGCGGAUGAGUUCACAUUCCUCCCAGCUGAUCCACUCGUCGCCCAGGGUCAACAAGAAGCCCUGAAUCCAAACAUCAUCACAAACCGUAUUUGCGAUCAAUUGACGAAUGUUUGCGAGGCUAAUGAUGCGGCAAAGACGGCAUGUCUGGAUGCGAAGGCGCAAAUUUUGGCACUGGGUACGAGGGAUAAGACCACAGCUGAUACAUGGAACACACUGCUGGGCUUUGAUGGUGCGGUCACAAAUCCCAGUGGUGGGCCUGCAGAACCACCUGCUGCUGCGCGUAUGAAGGCGGGGACCAAGAGGAGCGCCAGAGUGUUCAUCGCUUGA